CAGAUUUAAAUGUAUACAAAAACACAUCAAAUCUGACUCAUGCAGCAACAAAAACAGAAAUCAUCUUGCUAAAACAAACAAACAUCAUUCAGGACGUUCUGGCUCAUUGUUGAUCCUCAACAACAAUGGAGAACAAAGAAGUUGAGGUGAAAAUCUCCGAACUGAGAGCUGCAAUUCUUCUGAUGCACAAGGAGCUAAAAAAGGACAUGGCAGCUGAGUUCAAAGAGCAGCUAAAAGAAGUGAAAGAAAGUCUCCAGAACGACAUACUGCUCAUGGAGAAGAGGCUAGCAGCAAUAUGUCUGAAAAGAAAAGAAGACUGCAUUGAGGGCGCCAAUGCUGAAGAUGAUGACCUGACUCUGAGCAGUGACUCAUCGGAAACGGAGUAUGAGACCGACCAAAUGCUCAAGAAAUUAUCACGCCAUCAAACGGAUUAUUUCUUAAAGCUUUCCUUUGACGCCUACAGUGGUAGUGACUCCAGCGACAGUGAAAACUGGGAUGAACAAGCCGCAUAUACUCCCAGUGGGGUUCAGGACUGUUCUCAACAGGCUGCAAGUGAGAUUCACAAAAACAGCUGUUCAUACCUUGAUUCUGUGGAGAAUGAAACCAGCUCACUAAUGAAGAAAUCAAAGGAGGAAAAGAGCAAGCGGAGCCCAUCCAGCGGAAUAUUCAUGGCCAGUAUUCAGAAAAGCUGGAGGGCAGGAGUUGAUGCCAAAGAUGUAGAAGACACCAAUCCUUUUCUGAUGGAGAGGCAGUGGACGACAUGGAUGGACCAGCAGGAAAAGAAAGGAAGCUUAAGGAAAGAAAAAAUAACUCAAGAAAGGGAUACUCAAAGCUGGAAGGCGUCAGCUGCUAAUGAAUUAAGAAAGCAACGUUCAGCAGCUGGACAGGAGAGGAGCAUGAAGAAAAUAAGAAGGAAGCUCAGCCACUUUUUUGAUUUCCAAACAUCUCAUAAGUGGCAGAAACUACAAGAGGACUGAAAUGCAAAUUUACAGAUUAUGUUUUCUUGAUCUUUUGGAAAAUGUAAAACUUUUUUCAAUACAAUUUAAUUAAAAAAGAGUUUGUCUUUGCUUC